CAUAAUUUGGAGUAAAUGAGUGGCGGACUAGCCCCAAGUAAAAGUACUGUGUACGUGGGCAAUUUGCCUUUUUCCUUAACAAAUAAUGAUAUCCAUAAAAUCUUCGAGAAAUAUGGGAGAGUAGCCAAAGUUACAGUUUUAAAGGACAAUGAGCGAAGAAGUAAAGGAGUAGCAUUCAUUUUAUUUAUAGACAGAGACUCAGCCUUUAAAGCUGUACGUGCCCUUAACAAAACUGAGAUGUUUGGCAGAACAAUAAAAUGCAACAUUGCAAAAGAUAAUGGUAGAACUACAGAGUUUAUAAAGAGAAAGGAUUACCCUGACAAAUCCAGAUGUUAUGAAUGUGGUGAAGAAGGUCAUCUGAGUUAUAAAUGUCCAAAAAAUCUCCUUGGAGAAAGGGAUCCACCUCCAAAGAAAGAAAGAAAGAGAAAAAAACAAAAAGAAGAGGAAUACAGUGAAGAAGAGCAAGACAGUGAUGAAGAGGUCGAAGAUCCUGCCCUGGAAAGUCUGUCAGCAGCCAUUAAAUAUCAGCAACAACAGAUAGAGCGGGAAUCACUGCGGUAUGCUGCUUCUGGCUCCUCCUCCGUCACGGAAGACGACGAACCAAAGCGUAAGAAAUACAAGAAAGAUGCUUACUUUAGCGAUGAAGAGGAGUUUGAUGAUGGAUGAUACCAACGUCAGCAAGCAAGAGGAAUUAUAAUGAUGGGUGAUCUGAAUGAGAGUCGGCUUUUUUGGCCACUUGACUUCAUUUGAUUCAGGCUUGUUUUUGUUAAUGAACAAUUAGAAAGAAGGGUUGAAAAUCUUUUUUUUUCCCCCAGAUAAUGUUGACAUUUCUUUAUUAAUGUUUGAGUAAUAUAAAUAUCCUUCCCUUUGCUGUCUUGAUGUUUCAGUUUAAUUUAUAAAAUUGAAUUGUUCAGACUGUUUAGAGAAAUAUUUCACUAGCGUGGUCAUAUAAGAAAUACAUACACAAUGAUAUGCAUUUAGAAAGACCUUACAUUUUAUGAUUAGUUUGAAAAGCAUAAAAUCUAAUUAUUUUCCACAUAUAUGAUAGAAAAUUUUCAUGGAUGAAUAUUGACAAUUGACACUCAAGAAAAGACAAUUAAAAGCUCUCCAACUCUCUGAAACAUCUGUAAAACACUUUGUUCAUUGUAAGCAAAAUGAUGUGAAUGUAUUCAUGUGUGUUUAUUUAUUUCAUAUAGCAUUGAAAUACAUGCAUUUUAUUUUUUGGUAACAUACAUGUCAUAUAUAUGCUGUGUAGAUUUAUUUGAAGAGCACAGGUAUCUAUGCAUAUAUCAUUCUUGGUCUAAGCAUUUUGAUGAAAUAAUGAAAUAAAAAUGAACAAAAAA